AUGCCUUCUUUGUAUCCCCAUGCUGAAGGCAUACUAUAUGCCCUCAAAGAGAAGGGAAUUGAUAUGGCUAUUGCUUCUAGAUCACCAACUCCGGAUAUAGCAAAAACAUUUCUUGACAAAUUGGGCAUCAAGUCAAUGUUUGUAGCCCAGGUUUCCAAAAUGAGAGUAACAAGCAUUUUGGUAGGCAAUGGGUUAAAUAUUGGAGCAUUAAGCCAAGGGCUGACGAAAUUCUCACAGAACUCAGCUUCAUCUGGAAACACCAAACGGAACUGA